AUGCCCGCCCACAAUUCCUUCGCCAUGCACGACACCCGGACACGGCUCCUGGACGCCACAUCCAACCACAUUGACCACAUUGAUGAAACACUCGUGCAGAAGUGGAAGCCACUCUUUGAUAAGUUUGAUGUGGAUGGUAACGGGGUGAUCAGCAUGGAGGCCUUUCAAGUGAUCCUCUACAAGUACGGGCUGCGGGAGGAUCUCGAUCCACACAAGAGGGAGGUCCUGGAGACCACUAUAGAGGAGAAUACUGGAGGUGUCAUCAGCUAUCAAGAGUUCGUCAAUAUUAUGAGUGAUAAGAGAUCCCUAAGUUUCUCCAUUGCCGUCCGAUCACGCUACGAGGAAUGCGAGACGGAUUGCAUCGACGGUAGCAGCGUCAGUUUCAAGAAAGACGAUUACCGCAACCUCACCUAUCAACAGCGCUUUCUCAAGAUGGUUGCCGACGAGAUCCUAACCAACGAGACAGACCGGAACUACUUUCGAUGCAACUUUACCUGGUGUCUUCCGCCCAUCCUAAUCUUCUUGGUCACUUGGAUUGAGCUAGGUUUCUACGUAGGGGUAACGAUGAACGCAACGCGCUAUGACACCAACUCAACCAUGAGGGCAGCAGAUAUCUGGACAGGGCCGCUUCCAAAGCACAGCUGGCUAGUCUUUGAUCCAGACAAGAGAAUACAGUUUUGGAGAUUUUUUUCUUAUAUUCUUUUACAUGGAGGCAUUGAACAUAUAAUCUUCAACUUUUCUGUCCAAAUGUUAUUGGGAGUUCCUUUAGAGAUGGUCCACGGAACCAGAAGAAUUGGCACCCUCUACCUCAUAAGCAUAGCUGCUGGUUCAAUGGGUACAUCAGUAUUUGACAGAAGAAGUUACCUUGUGGGGGCAUCGGCUGGUUCCUAUGCCCUCCUAUCAGCUCACCUUGCCAAUGUAGCUCUUCAUUUUACAGAUUCUAAAUUGAGUCCUCAAAGAAUAGCAGUAGUUAUAGUAUGUGUAAGCGCUGACUUUGGCCUGGCCGUUUAUCGAAGAUACUCUGGUUUACGCACAGCGGCCUCUUUUGUCGCUCAUCUCAUGGGUGUUACGAUUGGUCUUACGAUAGGCCUAUUUAUUCUCAAAAACUAUGAGCAGCGCCUGCAUGAACGUCUUGGUAUGUGGCUGGCUAUGGUAGUCUAUAUCAUCUUUAUUCUCUUCGUUGUGUUCUGGAACAUUUUUUACAAGCCUGGUCCAGCCGUAUAGCAGAGGGUCACAGCGAUGGCGUGUUUGCGUAAGGACCAAAAGAUUGACAUGCUGCCGUCUCAGACCUCUUAAGAGGAGAUUUUUCUAGCAUUUUCUGACGAGGAGCGAAGCUUGGCUGGUCAUCGCGCUGUCUCUUUUUUUAGUUGCAAGUAUUUUUACAAGUUGAAGGUAGAGAUUUCAGUACACUGUUAUGACCAAAAACUAGACUUAUAUGGUGCAUGUAUAGCCUUUUACAGGAAGAAUGACGCAAUUCUUACAAGACCAAAUUACAAGCUCAUUUUCUUGAAUGUACUGCAUGAAAAUUGUUCGACUCUGAUCAAAACUUUUAUAACAGAUCACAAAAAUGUUGAAUGUGCAGAAAAAAGAUCCUAAACAUUUAGUUAAAACGACGGGCCAAUUAUGUUUGAUCGAAGUUCAACAUGGUUAAAUGGAGAGGGCUAUUUUCUAUUUUGUACAAAUAAAUCUCUCAGUGAUCAAACAAGUACUACCAAACAGUUUCUCAGUUCCAAGAAAAACUAAAAAAUGUCAGGAUUUGUUUUCAUACACACUGUAACUAAUCUGAUAAGACAGACAAUAUUUGUACAAGUUUCAAAAGGAAGAAACAUUGAGAAUUAAACAUAUUCAAUAGUGUGAUUAUAUUUUCCAGCACGAGGCAUUGGACAACUUGCGAAAUGCACAUAAGUUUCAUGGAAGUGAUCUUUCAGGUUGCUGUUCGAAGAAUUUGAGAAGUGUUUACUCUCAUCUGUGAUGAAGAGUGUAUUUAUUCAUUAAUUUAUUGAUUUACAAAUUUAUAUUUGAUGUAAUGCUAUAUGCCUGUAUAAAUUGUAACCCCAAGGCUCAUAUGGGGGUUGAAAGAUAUUUCAACCUAAUAUAGAGUGAAUUCCUCCAGGAUAUUAAUUCAGCCCUCAUUACUUUUUUAAAGCUUUUCUAUCCCAUUAAGUUAAAAAGAAAAAAACUUAUCUUGCAGAGCUGAGCAAGGUUGGUAAUAUAAGUUCCUCAAAAUGCUAGCUUAGCAAUAUGGUUCAGGGCCCUUUGAAGAUUACACGAAGAAGAAGUAUAGGCCCAGAGGAGUGGCCAUGCAGAUUUGUUUGUCUUUUUUCUCUCUGGCCACUCGUGACCAUAAAUACAUACAGAUUAGAUUAAGGUGACCAAUGGUAUUUCAUUUACAAGACUAUAAUGAUUGAUAUUUUUCUACCAAAAGACUUCUAUCUGGCCACUCUAUUCAAAGGGGAAGUACUUUAACUAUACUUCUUUUUUAAACCUGUGUACUAAUGCAAUUUGAUAGUUAAAACCUAGGAAAGUAUACACAUCCUUUCAGGUAUAUGUGGUUAUAAAUUGAUUUCUCUGCUAUGUCUCCAUUGAUGAUGUGAACCUGGGACAGCCAGGAGAUUGUCAACGUUCAUUUCAGGAACAUCAAAAGAAGAUGUGAAUCAGUAUAAAUAAUGAUAAUUAUGAUUUAUAUAGCAUAAACUUACCCUUUCUCUCGUCAUGGCAAGGUGCUACUAAAAAAAAAUCAUUGACACAUAAUUGUUUUCCCUAACUCAAAGUUUAGUGGUCCAGAUUUUUAUUUUGCUGAAAAAACUGUGGGUGAAUGCAUUCAUGGCCCCCAAAAUUGAUGCAAACACAUGCCCAAAACAGUUAAGUAAACCAUGAAAUUACUAGCUAGUACAUGUAAUUCUCUUGGUCCAGCUUUAUCAUCAUUUGUAUUAUCUGAACACUUGACAACGGAUAUACCAUGGAGAGAUGAUAAUGCAGACAUGAAUUAUCUCAGUUGAUCAAUGUAUGUCUAUUGAGACCAAACUUGCAACAAAAAACGUGUGGGCCUUGGGGAUACAAUAUACAGUAUGUGUAAUAUAAUGUAUAUUGGUAUAAAUUAAUACUAAUAAAGAAAGGCUUGUACAUUUCAAUAGCUGCAUGUAUAUAUUGCUGUGAUGAAUAAUGAUGGAGUUGUUCAUGAAAAUAGUUUUAGUGAUGAAAUGAGAUUACUUUUAAAGAGAAUAAUGUUUUUUGAUGACAGUACGAAGAAAUGAAAUGUUCCUAUUCGCUUUAUGUCUCUAGACAGAUGAUUGGUUACUGUAUUGUGUGUUAUGUUUUAGAUACAAUUUUUGAAUAACAAUUUGUAUUGUUGACUCUUUCAAGAAU